CAAGCGUUCGUCAGGCUCCUAUCCGCCACAAAGGACUUCGUGGGUCCUGCGUACAUCCUCUUCGUCUUUCUUCCUCUGCUUCUGAGUUGGUGUAACGCUUGCCACUCAGUUUGAUGCCCCUCUGGUAGAGAUAUCUCCAACGUUCUCUUACUCUCGCGCUCUUUCUCUGUGCUGAGAUGGUGUAUCACUUGCCACUCACUCCCCUUCAGUGAUCUCUCUCUCUCUCUAAGAUACGAGAGACCAGCUUACCACCAUCUUUCUGCUCGUAAGCUGGACUCCCUAUUCCCUGAAAAUGUCGACCAUCAUAUCGGCAUCAUCUUCCCAGCUUCCGGAAAUCUUUCUUUUCCGGCGGGAUUGCCGAACUCUCAGAACCUCCAUUGUGAUUCCUCGAACAUCGAGUCGAAGUCUCCGAACACUGAAGAGAACUCGCCUCUGCGCGGUUUCUGACGAGGGAACAGUUGUUUUGGAGAAGGAAGUGAACGGCUACUCUUUGAACGGCAAUGGGAGUGCUUAUAGCUAUGGUGGGAGGGUGGAGAGCUCAAAUGGGAGCCUUAAAUUGGACUCUAACGGAACUUUAUCGACGAACGGGGCAGCGAACGGGGCCGUCAAUGGGGCGCUGGUAAAGUACAGUGGCGGAAAUGGGGCGGCUACGGCCACCGAAACGGUGGUGGAGGAGAAGGAAGAGAAGCGGAAGACCGUCGAGGAGAUAGGGCAAGAAGAGGCCUGGUUUAAGCGCGCCCAGAGGGAGAAAUUGGAGGUUUCUGUUGCUCCAGGUGGUCGGUGGAGUAGGUUUAAGACUUACUCAGUAAUACAAAGGACUUUGGAGAUAUGGGGAUUUGUUAUUACCUUUCUCUUCAAGGCUUGGCUUAAUAAGCAGAAAUUCACUUAUCGAGGUGGGAUGACUGAAGAUAAAGUAGUUCAGAAGCGGAAGGAACUUGCUAAGUGGUUAAAAGAAAGCAUCUUAAGAUUGGGACCUACAUUUAUCAAGAUUGGGCAACAGUUCUCUACGAGGGUGGACAUUCUUCCACAAGAAUAUGUUGAUCAACUGUCAGAGCUUCAGGAUCAAGUACCUCCUUUCCCCUCAGAAACAGCUGUAUCUAUCAUUCAGGAAGAGCUGGGAGGAACUACAGAUACUCUUUUUGAUAAGUUUGAUUAUGAGCCAAUUGCUGCUGCAAGUCUCGGUCAAGUGCACCGUGCAAGGCUUAGAGGUCAGGAAGUCGUGGUUAAAGUACAAAGACCUGGCCUUAAGGAUCUGUUUGAUAUUGAUCUAAAGAACUUAAGGGUCAUUGCGGAAUAUCUGCAGAAGGUUGAUCCUAAAUCAGAUGGUGCAAAAAGAGAUUGGGUUGCCAUCUAUGAUGAGUGUGCAACUGUGCUAUAUCAGGAGAUUGAUUAUUCCAUCGAGGCUGCUAAUGCACAAAAAUUUGCAGAAAACUUCAAAAACAUGGAUUAUGUAAAAAUUCCAGAGAUCUUUUGGGAGUACACCACUCCACAGGUAUUAACCAUGGAAUAUGUUCCUGGAAUAAAAAUAAAUAGGAUAGCAGCAUUAGAUCAAUUAGGUGUUGACCGCCAAAGAUUGGGUCGCUAUGCUGUUGAAUCUUACUUGGAACAAAUUCUUUCUCAUGGAUUCUUUCAUGCUGAUCCACAUCCCGGAAAUAUUGCAGUGGAUGAUGUCAAUGGUGGAAGACUCAUCUUCUAUGAUUUUGGAAUGAUGGGAAGCAUUAGUCCAAACAUCAGGGAAGGUUUACUUGAGGCAUUCUAUGGAAUCUAUGAGAAAGACCCAGAAAAGGUGCUUCAAGCCAUGAUCCAGAUGGGUGUGCUUGUCCCAACCGGAGAUAUGACAGCUGUGCGAAGAACAGCAAAUUUUUUUCUUAAUAGUUUUGAAGAGCGGUUAGCAGCUCAAAGAAAAGAAAGGGAGAUGGCUACAACUGAUUUGGGAUUUAAAAAGCCCUUAUCCAAGGAAGAAAGGAUACAAAAGAAAAAGCAACGACUUGCUGCCAUUGGAGAGGAUCUGCUGUCUAUUGCUGCUGAUCAGCCUUUCCGUUUUCCUGCUACUUUCACAUUUGUUGUCAGAGCAUUUUCAGUACUUGAUGGCAUUGGAAAAGGUCUUGAUCCCCGAUUUGACAUCACAGAAAUUGCAAAGCCUUAUGCUAUGGAGCUAUUAAAGUUUCGGGAGGCUGGUUUUGAAGUUGUUAUGAAGGAUAUGAAGAAGAGAUGGGAGCGGCAGUCUCGUGCUUUCUAUAAUGUUUUUAGGCAGGCAGAUAGGGUUGAAAAGCUUGCUGAAAUCAUUGAACGCUUGGAACAAGGUGAUCUAAAACUAAGAGUGAGAGCCCUGGAAACAGAGAGAGCAUUCAAACGAGUUGCAGCUGUUCAAAGGACAGUUGGAAGUGCCGUAGUUGCUGGAAGCCUUGCAAACCUUGCAACAAUCUUACAUUUUAAUGCUGUCAAGUUUCCUGCUAUGAUUGCAUAUACAUUCUGCGUGUUUUUCGGUGUCCAAGUCCUUUUUGGACUUCUGAAGGUAAAAAAAUUAGACCAGCAAGAGGCACUGAUAACAGGAACUGCAUAGUCUACAGACUACAAGUAUUUGACGACCUGCAACCUUGCAAUUUUUGUUCAACACUUCGGUAGACAUACCACUCACCUCCCCAUGGAAAAUUAGUAGACAUCACUCUCGCCCAGCAACACCAUGCAUGCUUCCACCUGCCACGGGAUGAUAAUUUUGGCAAUAUAAUGGAGCAACAGUCUUUUACAUCUGUUGCAAUCACACAUUCUUGAUGUUCUUUUACCCUUUUGUGCUUGAGCAAAUAUGUUGAGGUGUACUGCACUGUUUGUGCUAAAGUCCAGGUCCAAUUGUAAUAUAUACCUGUGAAAUAAUGUAUAAAUGCAUUGUAUAUGAUCAUAACGAGCCCUUUUUUUAGCA